AGUUUUACUAAGCUUCUUAUCUUACGCAAAAAUAUUAUUACUUAAGAACUUCGUAAGAUUUAACCUAAGAUAAGAAUGUUCUGUUUUACUAACGUGUUCGUAAGUUUUAUUCGUAACUUUAACUUACGAAACGUUCGCAAGUUUCUGUAAUGGAACUCUCUUAUAACGGAGGUGUGAAUAUUCGUAGUUACGAACGCUGCGCAAGCGCAGAGGGCACUUUCGUUUUCGCGGCUAUUUACAUUUUAUCGUCUGCGAAACUGUAUUCAACAAUGGAGAAAGAGUUGAAACGGAGAAAACCCAACUGGAGUGAGUCGGAGCUAAUGGCUUUAGCAGAGGCCUUAGCUCCGCACUUCCGAGUUUUAAAGGGGAAGUUUUCCGCUUUUAUAACUUCUGAGAGGAAAAAUCAACUGUGGCAGGAUAUCGCUAACCAAGUCAAUGCUGUUGCAAUGGUCAACAGAACAACCGAGGAAAUGAAGAAAAAAUGGGCAGACAUGCAAAGUCUGACAAAGAAAAAGGAAGCAGAGAGGAGAUCAAUGAAACAGACAGGAGGAGGACCAGCCCCAAAUUUCAUGUUCAAAAAUUGGGAAAAUUUGGUUCUACAGUCUUUAUCAGAUGUUGCAAUUGAAGGCAUCAGUGGUGGAGUUGAUACCGCAGAAUGUGAAAGUAGACCAUCCCCAGUGGUACCUGCAGGGAUUAUUAUCCAUGAAGUUCCAGCAUCAGAAAAUUCAGAACUGAGCGAGUCUGCCUCAACCCCAUGUGCAAGAAUGACAAGUAUCAACAACAGCACAUACAAAGACAUGAAUUUUGAGAGCGAGUCUAGUCAAAGUCAAGAAAGGCCAAGAAAACAGACAAGGGUGCAAAGGAAAGAAAAUGAAGUUCCAGUACACAUAUCACAGCUGUUAUCUAUGGAAGAGGAGAAGAUUUCUAAACUGGAGACAUACAGAUCCAGAAAAAUCAAGAUUCUUGAAGAAAUGCUUGAACUACAACGCAGAAGCACCAUUGCAGUUGAAUCCAUAAGCAACUCCAUGCACCAGUCUGGAAAUUCUCAACCAUUGUCUUUGUCGUUAUCUCCUGUAAUUAAAUUCUCUUAAUAUAUGCACUAAAAAACUUAAGGUAGGUUAAUAUCUUCUCCUAAAGAAUAUUUAUAUCAAAGCUUCUAUAUUUAGUAAAGAUUUUAAAUUGUUAAGACAAUGACCCUCAAAAUAGUUCUUCAUAAAAAUCAUUGGGUAAAAUCUUUAUAAAAAUCUUCUUCUCAAGAACUACUAAGCUACAUUCUAAUGUAUGGUAAUUUAAAAUCAUUACAAUAUUCAAAAAAUGUUUCAUAUUACUACUGUAUGUGAACUAUGGGCCUCUUGUUGAAAUGUUCAUGAUAUUAUUUAUAGGGAAAACUGUAGUUACAUAUCUUAAUGCUAAUAAAAAAGAAUUGCUGGUACAUUUAUUAAUUUGUAAGACUUUGUAUUUUUGUGGAGUCCUGAUGAAAGUCUCUGAUGAUAAAUUGUUAAAAAUGGAGAGAAAAUUGUUGAUUACAGGAUCCAAUAUAAUGGUUUUUCAGAUUAGAAACUGCUUGUUAUAUGUUGAUUGUUUUGUGAACUGGUAACUAUUAUAUCAAAAUGCUAGUACAUGUAGUAGUUUUUUUAUAUUGAUAUAUAUUGUCCAUGUACAAUUAUUUAACUUCUGUCAUCAUAAUAAAGUAACAUUUAAAGCAAUGUGA